AUGACAGUGUUAAAGGACACGGAAGUGGCCCAGGUUGAGCAUGGCUCUCUGAAUGGCAAGGCGUCACUGGAGAAGAUACCUGGUGCCGACGAAACACAAAGAGAGUUCUUUCUCAAAUUUGCCAACAAAGAUGCAUCCUGGAUUGAGACGGAAGACAAGAGGCUAGUCCGGAAGAUUGACAUGCACUUGUUGCCAUUCUUAAUCAUCAUGUAUUUGCUUAACUUUCUUGAUCGGUCCAACCUCGCCCAGGCCAGACAAGGCACCCUGGAAAAGGAUCUGGGGAUGCAAGGAACGGAUUUCAACUUGGCGACAUCAAUUUUCUUCGUGGGAUACUUGCUUAUGCAACUGCCGUCGAAUAUCAUCAUCACUCGCGUCCGCCCUUCGAUAUAUCUGGCGUCAGCGGUUGUCCUCUGGGGAGUUGUGUCCACAUGUAAUGCCGCUGCACACAACUUUGCGCAACUUGUCGUCAUUCGUUUCCUGUUGGGCUUUGUCGAGGCUCCGUUCUUCCCCGGCGCAAUCUUUCUCAUGUCGUCCUGGUAUACGCGUGCCGAGCUGACGCGCAGAGUUGCAUGGUUUUACACGGGCAAUUCCCUCGCCAACAUGUUUGGAGGUCUCAUUGCCUAUGGCGUCUUGAAGGACUUGAGUGGCGCUCAUGGCAUCGCCGGAUGGAGAUGGCUUUUUAUUGUGGAAGGAGUCAUCACAAUCGGUUUCGGUAUUCUGUCUGGGUUUGUUCUGCCAGACUAUCCCCAGACGACUCGAUGGCUAAGUGACGAAGAACGUGCCUUUGCAUCUUGGCGGCUCCUUGCCGACAUUAGCGAGGCAGAUGAUGGGAAAUCAACGACACUAUGGCAGGGCCUCAAGUUGGCACUGAAAGACUACCGACUUUACCUUUUCGUUCUUUUAGCGCAUAUGAGUCUGCUGUCGCAAACAUUCCAAUACUUCUUCCCGAGCAUUGUGCAAACUCUAGGUUACGACCCUCUCAUCACGCUGUUGCUCACUGUUCCAGCUUGGUUUGCCACAUUCUUGGUCUCCAUCUUGGUCAAUUGGACUGCGGCCAAGACGAAGGACAAAUCGAUUCACAUAUUUUGUCUCAUGGCUAUUGCUGCAGUGGGAAACGCGAUUGCCACGGGCACGACGGCUAUUGGGGCUCGGUUUUUUGCCAUGUUUCUGAUGCCAAUGGGCGCCAUUGCAGCGUACACGAUCAUCGUGGGUUGGGUCGCAAACUCCUUCCCCCGACCGCUGGUCAAGAGGUCUGCGGCUAUUGCGAUUGUGAACAUGAUUGGCAAUACGGCAUCUAUUUAUGGAAGCUACAUGUAUGACAAGACCCAAGGGCCUCGCUACGUUCCGGGCGGAAGUUCCAAUGCCGUCAUUAGUCUGUUAGUCGGUGUGCUGGCGCUGGUUUUGCGAUACCUCCACAAGCGGGAGAACGAAAAGUUGGAAGCGGCGGAGAAUGAAGAGAAUGGCAGUGUUCCCCCUGCAGAAAGAGGUCCAGUAGGAUUCAGAUACAUCUAUUAG